GUGGUCGAGGUGUCGACUUCCAAGACUGGGAAGCAUGGACAUGCAAAAUGUCACUUUGUUGCAAUUGAUAUUUUCACUUCUAAGAAGCUUGAGGACAUUGUGCCUUCUUCUCAUAACUGUGAUGUUCCGCAUGUUAAUCGUACUGAUUAUCAGUUGAUUGAUAUAGCUGAAGAUGGAUUUGUUAGUCUUCUGACUGAAAGUGGAAACACCAAGGACGAUCUGAAGCUCCCUACUGAUGAGACUCUGCUGAAGCAGAUCAAAGAAGGGUUUGCGGAGGGGAAGGAUCUGGUGGUCACCGUGAUGUCUGCAAUGGGCGAAGAACAGAUGUGCGCUCUGAAGGAUAUCGGCCCAAAGUAGUUUCCAAUUUCCAUCACUCACACCAAUGUUAUAUUAUAAGUAUAAUAUUACUGAUUUUUAUGCUCCUUUAUCUAAUGUUUUUGUAUAAUUCAAAACUAUGGGAAUAUCCGGGGGCCAAUAUCCACCGCAGAACUCUCCUCUCUUUUGGCUCGGUGUGUUAGUCUCUUGUCGUCCCGGCUACAUGUCAGUGUACUUCUUGCUUCUGUUCUCAAUGAAGCUUACGCUGUGUUCUGGAUUUUGUAUUUACUGCUGAGGUAUUUGUUCUCUAUUUUGACUUGCUGAAAUAUUAUUCCUUGGCUUUUAUGAAA